AUGCUUCGUGUCUCUGCUAUCUUCAUGGCCUGCCUCCUUCUGGCUACCGCUGCCCCCACCGCUCCUGAGAAGAGCAACGCUUGUCUCUCCAUGUGUCUGCAGGAGAGACCUGCUUGUGCUAGUGAUGAAGGCUGCUGGGGUUGCUGCCAGAAAAUCGAAGCAGUAGCUGCACCUGUCCAGCGCGCGUCAUGUCUCUCCAUGUGUCAACAGGAGAAGCCUAAUUGUGCUAGCGAUGAGGGAUGCUGGGGCUGCUGCCAGAAAAUCGAGCCAGUCGUCCCUGUCAAGAAGGAGAUGUGUCUCUCCAUGUGUUUGCAAGAGAAGCCUACUUGUGCCAGUGAUGAAGGCUGCUGGGGCUGCUGCCAAAAGAACUGA